CAACAUGAAGUCACCCGGUGUCUUCAUCUUAUGCUGACACCAAAGAGGGGCCUAGUUGUUAGAUAAGCAGGGGCUAGGGCCUGGAAAUGAGUUGAUGGUUUGCCCCUAGAUGGCAGCUAUUGAUAGGGCGUCUGUCAUAGCCAAGAUCUGUGAAAUGAAGCCAUUGUUUGGGAGAACUGGAAGCUGGGAAAGGGUGGCCUAGGAGGAAGGAGGGCCCUAGCGCUCAGAUAGGGGUAGCCGUGUAAGACCUAACCAGGGAACAUAGGAGCUGCCUGCAUUUGCCUGGCAAGGAGGCACAUCAUCAAGGGAAAGCAUCCUUGAAGGCCUACUGCUAGGACAUGAGUGACCAGCAGGAAAGGGAGACAGAAGAGGAUGAAGGAGGCACUUCAGACACAGAACCCAUGCUACCCCGAAGAAGGCCUACUGACCACCAUGUCUCAGUCCUGGUACGCCCAGGGUGGCCUAUGUUGGCCACCCAAGGCCUCAGGACCCUGUUGCUGCCUGGCCGGGCCCUGGUUGGGUUCCUGUUCCAUCUGCUGCUACCUGGGAUAGUCUUCCUGCUGGUGUUGCUGCCAGCUGCUGCCAUUGUCUACCUGGGAUUCCUGUGCCACGCAAGGGUUCAUCCAGCCCCGGGUCCACGAUGCCGAGCGCUGCUCUCGGACCGCGGUUCUGCGGCGCUCAUUGUAUUCGGAUUCCUCUCCCUGCCGCCUCUUCUGGUGCUCGCCUCUGCCGCCCGCUCCCUCCUGGUUCGGCGUCUACGUCCUGUGCUGCAAAGCUCCGCGGGGACCCCUGAGCCGCCCUGCCCGCCGAGAUGCAGCGAAGAGAGAAUGGCGGGCGGCCGCCCUGACGAAGAGAAACAACUUUGUGCCUGGGUCUGAUGCCUCAGAGGCAUCUGCGUGUCGAGAGCCUCCCCUUGGCCCCCAUAAAGUGGACGAUUGGAGCGGCAGCCUCUGGGCUCUGAGCGCAGUGCUCGAAGUCGCCAGGAGAUGGCAACAGGGUUCCUCAGACCAGGCUGGCGCUCAGAGGAGGGAGGUGGUCCUCCGAGAAGGUGCCCUGCGCUCUGCUCGCUCACACAGCCAAUGCAACCAGAUUUCAUAACUCAUCUUGAGACUCAGGAGUCAACUUGAGUUCCAAGGUCAGCCAAUGACCCAGGACUAGGCUCGAUUGGCUGUAUGGUCAAACUAUAACCAGGUCAGGUUCCAGCUUUUGUCCACACUUAGUCUGAGACUAGGAUCUAGGAUUCGCGGCUCAGAUAUAAGUCCAGGGUCAGCGCUCAGCAUUUUUUUUUAAUAGUUUAUGUUCGUUGGUGUUUUGACAGCAAGUAUAUCUGUGUAAGGGUGUCACAAGCUCUGGAACUGGAGUUACAAACAGGUCUGAGCUGUAAUGUGGGGUGCUGGGAAUUGAACACAAGUCCUCUGGAAGAACAGACAGUUGUUCUUAGAUAUCUCUCCAGCUCCCAGUAUCCAGCUUGUAUUCUGGGUCAGGUAUCAAUGCGUGUCCAGAACUAGAGCUCAGCCUCUGACUGGGAAGCAGCAUAAGAGUUCAGUUUACAACGUGGGUAAUUUUAAGAUUUAUCUUUGCAUUUGGAAUGCUACAGCUGUACUAACAAGUUACUACGUGUGGAUAAAUUAUCAUCCUCUCUGUCUCCUA